AUGACUUCUUAUAGGGUGUCUACUUCAGAGUUGGAGAAAUUAAAGAAGCAACUAGAAGAUUUGCUUGAGAAGAAGUUUGUUCAACCAAGUGCAUUGAAAGAGAACCAUUUGUAUGCAAAGUUUUUCCGAAUGAGAGUUAUGGUUAAAGGAAGUGAGUUUCCUUGGUCAUAUGAUUCUAGUGGUGGUAUAGUUGUGGAUCUAUCGAAUAUAGAUGACGUGUUACAAUGGGAGACUCUGAACAUUGUCGUUAACUCAAUUGACUCGAAAGGGCUAAGCCUAUGUUGGGAUGUACAUUGUGAAAAGAGUUUCCAAGAACUCAAGAAGAAGUUGAUGUUUGCUCCAAUUUUGAUUUCGAUGGAUCCAAGUGAAUCCUUUGUUGUAUAUUGUGAUGCUUCAAAGAUGGGUCUGGGAGAUUUACCUAAGACUUCAAAGGGGUGCGAUUCGAUUUGGGUGAUUGUGUAUAGAUUGACCAAAUCGGCUCAUUUUGUACCGAUGAUGAUCAAUUAUCCUUUGCAGAAGCUAGAUGAAUUGUAUAUUGCUGAGGCUGUGAAGCUAAAUGGUAAUCCUUCAAGUAUUGUGUCAGAUAGAGAUCUGAGAUUUACAUCGAGGUUUUGGGAGAGUCUGUAG